CGUUUUCAUGCCAGGUGUAUUUGAAUAGCCUGUCCAAGCCUUUCAGAAACUGCUGGUCUAGCUGUCAUGUGCACUGCAAGAGGGGAAGUGUGAAUUCAGUGUGGCUGUGGGGUGUGCUGUAUGCUUGUGAAAUUGUGUGUGAUAGAGGAGGCAUCAGUAUGCGAAUGAACAUACCAGGACUCUCUUAUAGAUAUUUUGUUAACUUGCUCAGAACAGAGAGGACUAGAACAACGUCAUCUCUGAUGACCACGGAUGAAGUGGAAAGUCCCAUUUAGCUCAGCAGCUGUAAUCAAGUGUAUGAAGUUUUGUGGCUAUGUCUCAAAGCUAACUAAGUAUAGUCUGAUAUCUACAGUCAGAUAUGACAGGCAUCAUUUUAGUGAGGCAGGAGAAGAUUAUGUGGAACGAAGUUGACAGGUUCCUCAGAAGAACAUGGAGGUGAAGUCUCUUCAGGCAGUUUGUGAGUUUGAGUCGGGAAGUUCUUCAUAGUGGAGCUGAUGGCGGAGGAGAGGUCAGGGCAGCACAGCCUGGUUGGGAGGGGAGACCUUCAUCCUUCUCUCUGGUCUCAAACCAUGAACAUCGUGGGCCAGCUGGCUGAGACUGUAUUUGUAACCGUGAAGGAGCUAUACCGGGGUCUUAACCCUGCCACUCUCACUGGAGGUAUUGAUGUCAUCGUGGUGCGACAACCUGAUGGAUCAUUCCAGUGUUCCCCUUUUCACGUCCGCUUUGGGAAGCUCGGGGUGCUGCGCUCCAAGGAGAAAAUUGUGGACAUUGAAAUAAACGGAGAACCUGUUGACCUGCACAUGAAGCUUGGGGACAAUGGAGAAGCUUUUUUUGUGGAGGAAAAUGAAAAUAGAGAGGUCCCAGCCCAUCUAUGCACUUCCCCCAUUCCUCUUGAAGUUUCUGAGGAGAUCGAGGAGACCACUGAGGGAACCCCCAUCACUGGGUCCCGCAGAAAGAAACGCCGACGCAAGCGGAUGCGUUCUGACACCCACCUGAGAGAAGAGGCCAGCUCCUCAUCUGAAGAGAGAGAGAAGGAGUGUGAAGCUCACCAGGAGAGUCCUGAAUCAGAGGAGCUGUCUACACCUUUGCAAGUCAGUAAGUCUGUGUACUACUCACUGUCUGAGGAGCCAAACGAGUUGGGAGCAACGCCGAUCAGAGACACUCAUCCACACUCAGACGGAGAUCAGUCCCCCACAGAAAGCAACGUGUUUUACAGUCGGUCAACUUCACCAAAGAGCGACUCUGAGCUUCUGGUUAAAAGUCAAGAUUCCUCUGGGCUUCAGAUGCAGUGGAACUGGGGAGGCUUUCCCAUGCCUUGUCAGCCAGAGAAGACUCCAGCAGAGUUGCAGACCAUCUCACAUUCAGGGGCUUCUCAUUUCCGCAUUAUUGAGAGGCAAGACUCCUUUGACAUGGGCUACGAGCCUGUGAUCAGCUGUGGAAGAGCAGGCAGUGUAACUGUGGUUAAACCACAGCCUAGGACAUGCUGUCUUGAUUUAGACAACUGUGGAACUCAAACUUCCUCUUCAUGGCAGGAGAAAAACUCUCAUAUUGCUCUUUCUACCCACAGUGAUCUCUUUAUGUCUUGUGCUUCAUUCGAGGAUGUAGAUUCAACAAAGGUACUUGAAUGCACUCAGGGACAGGAGGAGAAAAGAGACACAUCUUCCAAUUCAGCUGGUCAUGGUAUUGAUUCCUUUGUCAGUAAGGAAAGCACGAGUGUUGAACAUGUUAGUGCUGUGACUAACACAGUUAACUGUGAAAAUGAAAAUGAUGCAGCCAGUGUGACCAAACCAAACAGUGCACACCCAAGAAAAGAAAGUGAUGACUUCCCAGUUCUAGAAAGAAGUCAGAGAAGUAGAGAACCAAGAGAACCUCCAGACCAGGUUGUCUUUUCUGAGCGAAGUGAUCAGGGUUCUACCAUCAAUGCCCUUAUCAGUGAAGGGGACAGUGGAAUAGAUCCCUGUGCUGAGGGACGGGAGGAGGAGGGCAUACCUGGAGUGACUGAUGAAUCAGCAGGAAGUUCACAUACUGAAAAAAAUGCACCAAAAGCAGAAGUGAGAGACACUGGAGCCAGCUUGACUUCUGCAGAGGGGUCAGUAAAGUCCUCUGAUGCGUCUUCCAAAGUGGAACAGCAAGACAAAAAGAAAGGUAAACGAAGUCAACAUCUUGGACCAUCAGAUAUUUAUUUGGAUGACCUGACCACACUGGACCCUGAGGUGGCUGCACUUUACUUCCCCAAAAGUGAGGCUGAGGGAGCAUUUCAGCAGGGAGCAGAGCAGGGCCUCGGGUCAGGUAGCCAGUCACCUCAGUCAGUUGGCAGCGGAGCUGUGGACAGCGGUACGGAGUACUUGUCAGAUUCUACCUGCUACAACAUGGACGUCAGCAUGUCCCUCUGUGGACAAGUGGGAGACACCAGCCAGAUCACCAAAGAAAAAUUUAGGGAGCACCUCGUGACAUACCAGGAUUUUGUCAACAAUCCAGGAAUCAUAGAAGAUCCAAGUCUCGUCAUCUGCAUAAAUUCCAACUAUUAUAACUGGGCAGUGGCUGCUCCAAUGGUUCUGUCAAUGACGGCUUUCCAGAAAAACUUACCAAAGAGUACAAUAGACCGACUGGUGAAGGACAAGAUGCCCAAAAAGUCUGGACGCUGGUGGUUCUCAUGGAGACGAAGAGACAUGGACAGCAACCAGCAAAAACAGUCAAAAGAAGAGCAGGAAGAGCAGCUGGCAAGUGUUUCCUCUAUGGCUACAGCAACAUUGGACGAUAUCGACAGUGAUGAGGCAGCAGGACUCGGGCGUAAAGCUAGCCUUCCUUCCGGUGAAUCUACAGAAACCCUAAAUGCCACUCAGUCAAUCAGCCAGAUGUAUCGCAAAUCACUGCGUCUGACUUCUAAACAGAUAGAGCAUCUAAAUCUGUGUGAAGGAGCCAAUAAAGUGGUUUUCAGUGUGACCACACAAUACCAGGGAACCUGUCGCUGUGAGGCCGCCAUUUACCUGUGGAACUGGAACGAUCGUGUGAUCAUAUCAGACAUUGAUGGCACAAUCACAAAGUCAGAUGCUCUGGGUCACAUUCUGCCUCAGUUUGGAAAAGACUGGACACACAAAGGCAUUGCCAAACUGUACCACAAAAUACAUCAAAAUGGAUACAAGUUCCUGUACUGUUCAGCGAGGGCUAUAGGUAUGGCUGCCAUCACUAAAAACUACUUGCAGUGGGUCAAUGACAAAGGCACUGUCCUCCCUAAAGGCCCCGUGUUGCUGGCUCCCAGCAGCCUCUUUUCAGCACUACACAGAGAGGUGAUUGAGAAGAAGCCAGAGGUGUUUAAAAUUGCCUGCCUCGGUGACAUAAGGGACUUGUUCAGCCCACACCGACAGCCUUUCUAUGCAGCCUUCGGCAACAGGACUAAUGAUGCUUAUGCCUAUAAGCAGGUUGGAUUAUCUGAAACCAGGAUAUUUACCGUCAACCCAAAAGGAGAGCUUAUCCAGGAGAGGACUAAAGGCAAUAAGUCCUCGUACAGCCACCUCAGCGAGCUGGUGGAGCAUUUCUUCCCCAUGCUCUCUGUUGAAGGCAGCACUUCCUCUGCUCUUGACUGUCCUGACUACAGCAGUUUCUCCUACUGGAAGGAGCCUCUGCCAGAGCUGGACCUGGAUGCUCUAUUGUAGACACACCUCUUCAUCCACCACACCCAUACAUGAACUCAUAAACAUACAUUCCUGCUCAAAAGCUUGGGAUCAUGGGUAAAUAAUUUUGUUUUCCAAAGAAAAACACAUUUUAACUAAAUUCCUAAACAGUUGUAUUAAAUGAAUAAAGAAUUUUAUACUUUCUGACAAACAAUUAAAAUGAAUCAGAUCAGUUUUUAAAGAAUGAUCUACAUUUUUGCAUAGAGGCCUAUUACGGUUAUCUGCAUCAAUCUCCUGGUAUGGCUGCUAACUAAGGUUAAUUAGUUUACAAGGCUAAAUGAUUAUUAGAAAACCCAUUUGUAAUGGUGUUGCACAGCUGAAAACUGUUGUACCAAUAAGGGAGCUUGGUAUUCUUUAGGUCAGUUUAUUAUAGAAGCAUCAACAGUUGUUUUUUUAAAGGCUCAAAAUGGCCAGAAAGAAAGAACUUUCUUUAGACACCCACCAAUCUAUCGUGGUGCUUCAAAAAAAGGCUAUUCAGUGUGAGAAAUUGCAAAUCAAACUUAAAAUCUUGUAUCAUUCUGGCUUUCAAGGUGGUAAAACAUGAGACUUGUACAGAGUGGAAGAAGCCUUGAAAAAGUAAAGCUACCACAAGAUGUUGCAAUGUCGUUCCAUAGCCUUGGGUAAUGCUUGCUUGGGGCCAGUUUCAUCCUAUAACAGGAUAAUGACCCUAAACACACCUCUGAAAUGUGUCAGCAACUUCCAAAGAAAAAAGCAGUCAGCCAGAAUAAGGACUUAUAGAGUCGCCAGCACAGUCUCUGGAUCUAAACCCAUUGAGCUGUUGUGGGAGCAGCUUGACCGCGUAGUAAUCCACCUUGUGGGAGAUGCUCCAGGAAGCAUGUGGUGAAAUUUCAUUGGACUAUGCCUGAGGUCUGCCGGGCUGGGAUUGCUGCAAAAGGUGGUGUUUUUUAGAUAAAGGCACAGUCUGAAGAACACAUUCAUCAUUUUGAUUAAAAUCAUUAUUUCUAUCUCAGACUAUGUUGGCUUGUCCUGCUCAUUUCCUGUAUUUAAUAUUCAGACUAACUUCUUGGAAUGUGAGUGAAUUUUCCAAGCGAUCCCAAACUUUUGAGCGGCAGUGUAUGUUAUCCCAUAUUUUCCCUGAGUGGUUGCCUUUGAUUGACCUGCAAACUGUUGAGUCAGUUUCUGAGCCACUAAAUGAACUGAAGCAAAGAGAAAUGUUCCACCACAGACUACAGUCAACUGAUAAGAAGUAAAUGGACCGUUUUAUGUUGAUGAGUGUAAAAAUCCUGCAAUGAAUGCUAAACAUUUAGACAUUUGGAGCUUAUUAGUGUUAUUUUACUGUGUGUAACUCUUAAAUGACAUUAAAAAAAAAACGUUUGACAUUUCAGCUGUAAACGUGGACCAAAAGUAUCAACAAUGUGUAGAAGAAAUAAAGUAAUCACUGAUACUGAAACCUUACAAACACCAAAAAUCUGCCAUGCCUUACUUGAAGCUCAUAGCAGAUAUGUGACUAAAAAUCAGGCAGAUGGGGGCAACUGCCUGAUUUUUUUAUUCAGUGGAGGCUAGAGAAGCUGUUUGCCUGUAGCUGAAACUUUUUUGGUUUUAUGGCUACAUGCAACAAGAAACCAAAUUUGGUUUAUUUGCAACACUAAAUGGUUUUGACAUAUAAGUGUUUUCAAAUUGCACACCACUCAAAUCUGCUGUAGGUUGGAUGUUCUGACUGACUCAAGGCUAUAGAUGAAUUACCUUUUAUACUUUAAUGUGUGUGAGAACUGCUGGAUCCGAUCAAAUGAAUUCCACUGUGAAACCAGAGCAAGCACAUUCUUAUCUUUUAUGUAAUCCACUUUCUGAAUUAAGGAAUGUUUGUACACAUGAAUAGUUGGGUUUAUUAGUCUGAUAAUGAGUUUUAUUACAGAAUGUGGAAGUGGACAUGGUGCGAUGUCUUUAUAUAAUAAAAACACUGCUAUCUUUAUUAUUUUUCCAUGUCUGUAACCUUCAAGCUUUGAAUUCUGCUGUUCUUUUUAAAACAAAUGUACAGAAAUAUAAAUGAAUUUAAAACAUG